AUAGAUUAACGUUUCAUUACUACCCUACCUAUCUACCAAGGUAUUUAUCUACAUACCAACGCAUCAAGCCGAUAUUAAAGAAGUCCAAGAAUUUAACGUCACCGAGUUUUGGCAGGUCUUAUCAGCCCCGCUCACCAAUGUUACAUGACCCCUCAAGUCAUCCUUCUGCCAGGGUAGCUUCGACAGCUUGAGAGCAAAAUGAUUCGCUCAUGCUCCAAGAUGGCGAGGGCCAGGGAUUCAGAUCUCUCUGCAUGGCUAUGUCGUAGAUGGGAAUUGUGAAAAUAUAUUAAAUAAUAACAGUCGGCCGCUGCAGGAACCUGUAGGUAUAACAUGUCCUGCUCUUUACUAUGUCUAUCAAUUCCCAGCCGAGUUCUUAAGGAAAUAGCUGUGAAUAUAAUUUAAACGGUAUAAUAAUGAUUGGACCGUACUUUGCAUAUCUAGCUAUACAACUCAAUGCUGUUCUUGUGGCCUCAAGGAUAGUGGGAAUACCUGCUGUCCCGUUCACUACAUCAGAGAGUAGUACCUACUCAAUCAGCUCUCUCAAAUCAUUAGUGGUAGACUCAAAAUAUGCGGAAAGCCGUGACGAGACUGGAGAGACCUUGAUUCCGCCAAGCUUACAAGAGUUCGCCAACACCUUCGUGGACGAUCUACAUAGCACACUAGAUCUCAAUAUUGACAUCUCCGUUGCGGACCAGCCCACAGAAGAUGCCAUAUUUCUUACGCUGGGGGAUCCUAACAAGUACAAGGGUGUGAGCGGUGCCCAAACCUCUGAAGGCUAUUCGCUCUCCGUCAAUGCUUCAGGAAUUGUCAUAUCUGGAGCCAGUCCCCUGGGUGUGUGGUGGGGCACGCGAACCGUCUUGCAGCAGGCGAUCCUCUCAAAUGGAUCUUUAGGAUAUGGAGAUGCAGAUGAUUCUCCAGGAUGGGGGAUUCGAGGUAUGAUGCUCGAUGCCGCUCGACAUUACUACCCUCCUGAGUUCAUUGUUGAACUGUGUUCUUAUAUGAGCUUUUUCAAGCAGAACACUUUUCACAUACAUCUCAGCGAUAAUCUAUACAACAACGUUGCUAUGUACUCAAGAGAGCAAUCUUUAGAGUUGUAUGCCCGGUUUCGUCUAUGGUCUGAUUCUGAUGAUCUUGCUGGUUUGAGUAAAUAUAAGAACGAAUCCUACACAAGAGAGCAGUUUGAAGAGAUUCAAUUAGCUUGUGUUUCCCGGGGGGUAACCGUCAUUCCAGAGAUCGAAGCCCCAGGACAUUCAUUAGUCAUAGUUCAAUGGAAACCAGAACUGGCACUUAGCAGCGACCUUUCGCAAUUAAACAUCUCACAUCCAGAAACAAUACCCACGAUGAAAACGAUCUGGAGCACUUUCCUCGACUGGUUUCAUUCAAAGACCGUCCACAUUGGCGCAGAUGAGUAUAAGGGUGACCCUAACGAAUACAAUCGAUUCGUCAACGAGAUGGCUAGUUAUAUAUACGAAGAAUCUGGAAAGUCCAUCCGCAUCUGGGGUACCUUCCCACCUAAACCGGAGUAUACUAAUGUCUACACAAACGUCUCGAUACAGCACUGGGAAUUUUUUGAGGACAAUCCCUACCAUGAUUAUAUAUUGAACAACUACUCCGUUUUAAACUCCGACGAUACAUUCUACGUCGUGAAUAAGUGGUCGGGAAGCUACCCACCGGUUAUCAACUAUGCCAAAACAUUCAACGGAAACCCAGCCACAGGCGGGAUCUGGCAACCUUACAUCUUCGACGCCAACGUAGCUGCCAAUAACCCGGAGAAAACCAACCCCUUUGUUCUCGGGGAGGUGGCAGCAUUGUGGAAUGACUACGGCGCGAAUGCUACCGUAUACUCCGAAGCCUAUUACGCUUGGAAAGACGGAAUCCCGGCAUUAGCCGAUAAGCAAUGGGGAGGGGAUCUCUCCGAACCUGAGUUCACUUCGGCGUUUUCGACUCUGUUCCCAUUCAUACCAGGACAGAACCUAGACCGAGCCAUCCCCUCCACCACCUCAACGAUCUUCCACUACAACUCCAGCGCCAGACUCGACAGGCAAUCCUUCACAGCCGUAGGCCCAUGGAGGGACACCGCCCUCGUCGAUCAAUCCGGCAACGGCUACGACGCCUCGACAACCUGCACCAUCACUUCCGAGUCCACUCUAAACAUCAACUCUUCAUGCUCGCUCAAAACCCCGUUGUUGUCUAAAGGUCGGGGCUACACGUUGUCACUACGCCUGCUCAUCUCCUCGCUCGACGCGGACACAGACGCGACCUUAGUAACCGGCACAGACUCCGCGCUAAUGCUGACCCCGAACCUGACGUUAUUCGCGUCCGGGAACUACUACCGGCUAAACACGACGCUUCCCGUGGGAACCUGGGUCGACCUAAGUAUCAUCGGUCGCGGAAACCGUACUUUCGCCAGCGUGCAAGAAGCGACGGGGCUGGGCGAGCCGUUGCCGGAGGUCGGGAGUACGUCUGCUACGGAGGAGGAGUUCUUGGCUGUGUUAGGCGUCAAUGGGGUGUCGCUUGUGUGGGCGCCUAUCGCUGUCGAGGCGCCGAUUGCGCAGGUCGGGGGUGAGGGCUCGGGGUGGACGGGGGAGCUGGCGGCUAUGAGGUUGAGUUCGGAGACUUGAUGGAUGGGUGGGUGUCUUGAACCUUCAACCUUACCCACUAAGCGGGUGUAUAUUGUACGUAGCUUUAGCUAGACUCUCGAUGAGUAUGAAUAUACAUCCGUAGAUGACUACCUCUCUAGAAAAUUUAAUACACGCGUUGGUAUGAUCUGAAGCAGAUCGCGAGUGGCGUUAUUAUCCCCAUCGGAGGAAACGCAC